GUUCAGGCACAUCGGAACUGUCAAUGGUAAUGUAAUAAAUAAUAUGUCCACCCAUUCGUCGGCUUCUCCUGAUAGUGGGUACCCUCAGGCUUUCCUCCGCCCCUAGAGCCCAGGUCAAGAUGCCAGUGGUGGACAUUGACAAUCGUGUUGACGGGCAUACGCAAGCCAGUGUACUGCCACCCUGAGACUGUCCUCCAAAGUGCCCCGCACUGAGCGGGAAAUUCAAGGCUCAUAGGCAGAAGGGACUUGUCUCAGAUGAAACUUUGGACUUUGGACUUUUGGGUGAACCCUGAAAUGAGCUCGGGUAUGUCUUUAUCAGCAGCGUUGUGAACAGUGAGUUGUGAACAGAGGAGAGGGUCAGCUCUCCUCAAGCGCCUUUCCCUUGGUUGGGACAAGUAGAGACACAUGGCAACACACGCUCCUCCUGCACCACCCCCAGCUUGGGGCUCAAAGGACCAGGAUGUGCUGAAGGUGGCAUGUCAGGCCCAGAAGGGGCCAGGAGGACUGGGUCUCCUCCCCUCCUCACCUCCUCAGCUGCCCCUCUGUUCCGGGGUAGGAGGCUGAUUGAUGGCUCCCUUGCCCCGCCUCCCGGCCCAGUGCCAAGCUUCCCAGCUGCUGACUCAGGCUGUGCCGGCCAGCUCAGCAUUCCUGCCUGGCCCCCACUGAAUGGGGCUAUUGAAAGUCUCUGUAGCCUCAAACCACGCCCCCAACCAGAGCCUUCGGCUGCGCUGUGGCUCUGCUCUCAGGGGACAGCGUAGGCCUGGGGUCAGUGGGAAAGGGCUCUGGCUGCCAGUGACUGACGGUCUGGAGUUGUCUGGGACCAAGGACGAUCCUGGGACCCGGCCACCAGCCUGGCUGCGGGGGCCCUUUUUCAGGUAUGGGGGAGGGCCAGGUGCCAUGAAGCCAGUGCGGGUCGCCACCCUUCUGUGGAUGCUACUGCUGGUGCUCAGGCUGGGGGCCGCCCGGAUGGGGUCCCCAGAAGAGGACUCCUUCUACUAUGGAACCUUCCCUUUUGGCUUCUCCUGGGGUGUGGGCAGUUCUGCCUACCAGACAGAGGGCGCUUGGGACCAGGACGGGAAAGGGCCCAGCAUCUGGGACGCCUUCACGCACAGUGGGAAGGGGAAGGUGCUCGGGAAUGAGACAGCAGAUGUAGCCUGUGAUGGCUACCACAAGGUCCAGGAGGACAUCACUCUGCUGAGGGAACUGCACAUCAACCACUACCGAUUCUCCCUGUCUUGGCCCCGGCUCCUGCCCACAGGCGUCCGAGCCGAGAAGGUGAACAAGAAGGGAAUGAAAUUCUACAGCGAUCUUAUCGAUGCCCUUCUGAGCAGCAACAUCACCCCCAUCGUGACCUUGCACCACUGGGAUCUGCCUCAGCUGCUCCAGGUCAAAUACGGUGGGUGGCAGAAUGUGAGCAUGGCCAGCUACUUCAGAGACUAUGCCAACCUGUGCUUUGAGGCCUUUGGGGACCGCGUGAAGCACUGGAUCACAUUCAGUGAUCCUCGGGCAAUGGCAGAAAAAGGCUACGAGACAGGCCACCAUGCACCGGGCCUGAAGCUUCCUGGCACCGGCCUGUACAAGGCAGCACACCACAUCAUUAAGGCCCAUGCCCAAGCCUGGCAUUCUUAUAACACCACGUGGCGCAGCAAGCAGCAAGGUCUGGUGGGAAUUUCAUUGAACUGUGACUGGGGGGAACCUCUGGACAUUAGUAACCCCAAGGACAUAGAGGCUGCUGAGAGAUAUCUACAGUUCUGUCUGGGCUGGUUUGCCAAUCCCAUUUAUGCCGGUGACUACCCCCAAGUCAUGAAGGACUAUAUUGGAAGAAAGAGUGCAGAGCAAGGCCUGGAGAUGUCGAGGUUACCAGUGUUCUCACCCCCGGAGAAGAGCUACAUUAAAGGCACAUCUGACUUCUUGGGAUUAGGUCAUUUUACUACUCGGUACAUCACGGAAAGGAACUACCCCUCCCGCCAGGGGCCCAGCUACCAGAAUGAUCGUGACUUGAUAGAACUGGUUGACCCAAACUGGCCAGAUCUGGGGUCUAAAUGGCUACAUUCUGUGCCAUGGGGAUUUAGGAGGCUCCUCAACUUUGCUCAGACUCAAUAUGGCAAUCCUCCCAUAUAUGUGAUGGAAAAUGGAGCAUCUCAGAAAUUCCACUGUACUCAAUUAUGUGAUGAGUGGAGAAUUCAAUACCUUAAAGGCUACAUAAAUGAAAUGCUAAAAGCUAUAAAAGAUGGUGCUAAUAUAAAGGGGUAUACUUCCUGGUCUCUGUUGGAUAAGUUUGAAUGGGAGAAAGGAUACUCAGAUAGAUAUGGAUUCUACUAUGUUGAAUUUAACGACAGAAAUAAGCCUCGCUAUCCAAAGGCUUCAGUUCAAUAUUACAAGAAGAUUAUCAUUGCCAGUGGGUUUCCCAAUCCAAGAGAGGUGGAAAGUUGGCACCAGAAAGCUUUGGAAACUUGCUCUAUCAACAAUCAGAUGCUUGCGGCAGAGCCCUUGCUAAGUCACAUGCAAAUGGUUACAGAGAUCGUGGUACCUACUGUCUGCUCCCUCUGCGUUCUCAUCGCUGCUGUUCUAGUAAUGCUCCUCCUGAGGAGGCAGAACUGAGACAGGAUUACCAAUUUUGGAGCUUCAUAAGAGAAUCAUCAGGAUCUUCGUCCCUUUUCUGCUUUCAGGGUUUACAUGUAUUUCUGUUUUCAGGUUCUACAGUAAUUACCUUUUCUUCUCUUUCUCUUUUUGGCUUGUGCUGGGAUUUAAGAAUUAGAAAAUAAAAAUAAGCAGAAACUUAAAAAAAAAAAAUCACUUGUAAUCUCACCCCUCCUAAAGUUAAUGUUAACAUUUUGCUGUAUAUAAUGUAUAUUAUGAAUUAUUUACAAAAAUGGGAUCAUAGUAUACAAA